GCGGGACACGGUAGCAUUUGCAUCGUAAUUUUACAGGAAUAAAGAGGGACAAAUCGAAAAACCCCUAUUUUCCUCGUCUCCUUUUUUUGGUUCACAACAUUCCAGAUUAGGGUUUGCUUUGACUCUCUCUCUCUCUCCCACUCUUUCUCACUUGAAGCUUCGAAAUUCCUGGUAAGAUCUUAUACUUUGUCUCGUAUUUGAUUCUGUUUCUGCUUUCUUUAUUUCCGUAAAAUGUUUUCGAUUGUUUUUUUUUAAAAAAACACUCUGAACUGAAACGAGUCUUGAGAAAACCCUAACCCUAACCUUAACCUUGGACUCAAGAACUAUGGAUGAAAACGAAGGCGGUGGUGGCUUUGGUAACGGAGGAGAUCCCAACGAACAGUUCCAUCGGAACGAAGCGAUCUCGGCCGUCGUAGACGAGGGUUUCUUGGGCGAAGAAGAUGAUGACUAUGAAGAUCUCUACAAUGAUGUGAAUGUCGGCGAGGGUUUUCUUCAAUCUUUGCGUAAAAACGAGGAUGUAGGGUUUCGAAAUGAGGAGGUUGAGAAGAAGGUUGAGUCGCCAGAGCAGCAGCAGCAGCAGCAGCCGCCUCCUCCUCCUCCUCCUCCGCAGAUGGUGGCGGAGACUGGUGCCUCGGUGGUUCCUGGCGUGGGGUUCGGUGGUGGGGGUGGAGAUGGUGGCGAGGAGAGGAAGUUUGAGAAUGAUGCUGGAGGUGUUGAUAGUGGGUCUAGGGUUUCUGGUAGAGUAGAGGGGUAUCAUAGUGCGGGGUUUAGAGGUAAUGAGAUGGGAGUGAAAGGACUGGCAGGAGGAGCUGUUGUACCGCCUGUAACGUCUGCUGGUGGUGGCGGUGGUGGGAUGAGGAUUGAAUUAGGGCAGGUGUCUGGUAAAGUGACUCAGUUAGAAGAGCAAACCGUGAGUAAUAAUGUGCCAAAUCAAAGGAUUGGGCAGCAAUCUCAUGUUGCAGGCGUAGGGGCUGUAGGGAAUGUAGGGACUGUGGGGAAUGUGGGGAGAGAUGCUUUUCCAAGACAAGGAGGUGGAAAUAUUAAUGUUGCUGGUGGGAGUGGUUUUGGAAAUGGCAAUGGCGGUGGUGGUGGAGGUACAAUUUUAUUUGUUGGUGAUUUGCACUGGUGGACUACAGAUGCUGAGCUUGAGGAGGAGCUCUGCAAGUAUGGGGUUGUCAAGGAAGUGAAAUUCUUUGAUGAGAAAGCUAGUGGGAAGUCAAAAGGAUAUUGCCAGGUUGAGUUUUAUGAUCCUGCUGCAGCCGCAGCUUGCAAGGAUGGAAUGAACGGACAUGUUUUUAAUGGGCGUCCAUGUGUUGUUGCAUAUGCCUCGCCAUUUAGCAUUAAAAGAAUGGGGGAGGCUCAGUUAAAUAGAAACCAACAGACAGGCCAGUCUGCUCCUGCUCAAUCAAGGAGGGGUCCUGGAGAUGCCCCUGUUAAAAAUGGUGGCAACAACAUUGCAGCGGGUGGGAAUCACCAAGGUGGCAAUGACAACUAUCGAGGUUAUGGGAGAGGAAACUGGGGAAGAGGCAAUACUCAGAUGGCAAAUCGAGGGCCUGUUGGUCAAAUGAGAAAUAGAGGUGGCGGGAUGGGUGGCCGGGGUAUCAUGGGGAAUGGUGGAAAUGGUUUUGGGCAGGGUAUUGGUGCAACUGCUCCUUUGUUGCCUCCUCAAGCGAUGAUGGCUCAAGGCUUUGACCCGGGCUUUGGAGCACCUAUGGGGAGAAUGGGAAAUUAUGGAGGAUUUCCUGGUGCUCCAACUCCACCCUUUUCUGGAAUUUUGUCUUCAUUUCCUCCUGUAGGAAGUGUUGGUUUGCCUGGUGUAGCUCCUCAUGUGAAUCCAGCAUUUUUUGGGAGAGGGAUGCCAAUGAAUGGAAUGGGUAUGAUGCCCACAACUGGUGUUGAGGGACAUAAUAUGGGAAUGUGGUCCGAUCCUAAUAUGGCUGCAUGGACCGGUGAGGAGCAUGGUGGGAGAGCAGGGGAGUCCAGUUAUGGGGAGGAAGCAGUGUCUGACCAUCAAUAUGGAGAAGUAAGUCAUGACAGAGGGGGUUGGCCAAAUGCCAUGAAAGAAAAAGAUAGAGGGUCAGAAAGGGACUGGUCUGGGUCUUCAGAGAGAAGGUAUCGAGAUGACAGAGAACCCGUUUAUGACAGGGACGUGCCUAGAGAAAAAGAUUUAGGUCAUGAUCAGGAUUUGUCAGAAAGGAGGCAUCGUGAUGACAGAGGUAUUAGUCGAGAUAGGGAGAGGGAGCGUGAUCGGGAUAGGGAACGUUCUCGUGAUCGUGACCGUGAUAGGGAUCGUGAUCGGGAAAGGGAAAGAGAACGGGACCGGGAUCGUCAUAGGGAUGACAGAGAAAAAUACAUGGAUCAUCAUAGGUACAGGGACCGCGAACCAGAAUAUGACGAUGAAUGGGAAAGGGGACGAUCAUCAAGGACUCACAGUAAGUCGCGGUUGUCACAAGAAGAAGAGCAGCGUUCAAGAUCAAGGGAUGCUGAAUAUGGAAAGAGGCGAAGACUAACCUCUGAGUAACCUAAUGACAUUACAUCUCUUCGAUUUCCUGGAAAAAGAAAAAGAAAAAUGAAAACUACCUGAACUGUGGGUUCACCAUGUUCACUUUGAGUCUCUUGGAAGUUGUGUUCUUGGGCAUCCAUUGUAACUGAACAGUGGUAUAUCUGGUAUCUUUCAUGAUUUCAGAUGUCUGGAAUCUCCCUCUUGCUUCUUUUUUCAGGAGCAUGGUUUCCUAGGCACAUGAAAAAACUUGAAGGAUAUCUAACAAUGGGUGGUGAAGUGAGAGCAAAAUUCUGGGCUUCUAUCAAAACAAAGCUCCCGAACCUGACAAACAAGAGAAAAAUUGCAUGGUGUUCCCCCUUUCCUGACAUUGAAGUAGAAUCGGACCUUUUCAUUUAUUUGCAUUUAUGUUUUAGACAAAUAUCACUUGAACAAACCAAUGUUGUGGUUCAUUAUGGCUUUGAGAAUGUUGGAAGUCUGAGAUGUGGUGGAUUAUUUAGAACUUACUGUUGAAUGUUAUGUAAUAGGCUUUAAGACAAGAUAGGUAUGUUUCAAUUUCACUAAUCUGCCUUUUUUUUCUUUUUCUUUUUUUUUUUUGGGGUUUUGUUGUAUUAUUAUUUUUUUCCCUUCUCUCAACUGAUAUUUCAACCUUGCCUUUUUUCCCCUUUAGAAGAAUAUGUAGAGUUUCAGCCAUCCAAUUCUUUUGUCGAAUAUGUACACUUGAGAAAUGUGUAAUUUGUUGGCUCGUAUAUAUUACAUGUUUUAUUGUCAAAUUUUUACAA